AUGCAUCCAAGAAGAUUGUCCGUCGCGAGCGGUACAGCUCUGAAAAGUUUCCAACGGCGGCAUCCCUGGAUCCAAGCGGCAGCAAUAUUAGCUUGCUGGUAUAUCACCAAAGUACAUGCACAUACUCUUCGACUCAGGGUGCAACCCGGCAGGGCGGUCGGUGGGGAAGCUUUCUUGGAGCAGCCGCAGGUGGAAAUCUUGGAAGGCGAUGGUGGAGAUGUCGACGUCCUAUUUGAGGGGUACGCAACAGCUGAGAUGAUAUCUAGCCCGAGUGGGUUCUCCGUUCUUGAGUACGAUAACAUCACCGGUCGAGGCAGCACCGCGUCUCUCACGGACGGGAUGGGUCGUGCAACCUUUUCAGGAUUGUUCAUCAAAGAGGCUGGCGAGGGUUUUAUCUGUCGUUUUGUGGCGUUCAACAGUGCGGGUGUUGGAGUAGCCUGGACCGAUUCUGAACCCUUUGACGUUGGAGUCGGCGAACCGUACGCCAUUGCCUUGAGUACUUCUGUGGGGCGAAUGGACGGAGGCUCUACCUUUGACACUCCCCCCGUCAUAUCCAUUCAGUCCGAUGACUUCACCGUCGGUAUUGGUCCGGCGUAUCGGCUGGAGUUGGAUGUUGACAUCCUGGCUGGUGCCAUCGUCUCGGGGUCUCCGUUUGAAGAGCAGCCGCGAGUGCGAGCCUACGACCUGGGCGACAACAUGCUUUCAAGCAGCGAGUCCGCGGUGUUGGCUACUGUCUUUGUCAACCCCGUAGCGGCCACGCUGAGGCCGACGGACAGCGUAUUUGAGGUAAUGACGGAGGGAGUCGCAACUUUCAGUGGCUUAUUCCUCGACCGAGCGGGUCGAAACGUGAAGCUGCGAUUCUCACUCUACGAUUUCGACCGUGCUACCGGGGAUUGGAUCGAAACCGGAGUUCACUUGGACACAGACUUUUUUCAUGUGGGGGAGGGGACACCGGCGGCACUGCACUUGGAACAGGACGUAGAUGGAGCAUGGGCUGGGGGUCGAGGGUUCAAGAAGCAGCCAUACCUCACAGUUGCCGACGCCGGCGGUGGGACGAUUACAAUGGACAGUACCACCAUGGUCACCGCAAGCGUUACUCCCAGCCUGAUGGUGAACCACGACGUGGCGGUUGAUACGAGCUCGGAUGCUUCCGUGCAUAUCACGAGGGUGUACACUGACAUGGAGGACGGAGCGUAUGGAGUCGGAGAGGAAAUACUGGUUACGGUCGUCUUCUCAGCGCCUGUAUACGCGGACACGAGCAGCGGCGGCACAGAGGGCCCCUUCCUCUACCUAGGAGGUACCCGCGGCACGGACGGCUCGUCGGGCCUCCCUGCCGCCCUCAGCAACGCCUCCGUUCUAUCGGCCGAUGAAGCCUCCGUGGCGGUGAUGGCCUCCGACGAAAUAACCUUCGUCUACACCGUGGAGCUGGGGGACCAGAGCACCGACGGCGUCGGCAACUCAGCGGUUCUGGAGGCCGAAGGACAUUACGCAGUCCGCGGCGGGGACGCCCCGCUGGUGGAUCUCUUGGGGCGGGAGGCGAACGCAACCCUUCCCGGGGUAGGGGUGUGGUCCGACGUUAGCUUGUCUGGGGCGUCUUCCUUGACAAUUGAAGCGACCGAGCCGGUUGUUGUGGCUGUCGGGAGUUCGCUUGACGGCGGGGAGUAUGGAGUUGGGCAGGCAAUCUCCUUCAGAGUCGACUUCAGUUUUCCGGUGGUGGUCAUUGUGGGAGCCGGGGCGUCUCCACCCCAGCUGACCGUGGGUGGAUUCAACGAUAGUCUCAACGGAUCCUCAUCUACGGUGUUGGCGGAGUACGUUGAUGGAAGCGGCACAUCGGAGCUGCUGUUCGAGUACAUGAUCCAAGAGGGUGACACCACCGAGGGCUUCGCCCUGGGACUCACGAUCCCGAACGGCGAAAACGCCUCAAUCCUUCUCCCGGACACGAACCUCUUGUCUUCUGUGGCCACCCCACAAAUACUGCAGAGGUCUUCCAGCCCCUCCCUAGCGGCGAAUCUUUCCCUGGCAGGCGUGCCUGGUGGCGAGGAUGGGGGCACCGGUUUAGGAUCCGACGGCGGAAGCGUGACCGUCGACACCACGCCGCCUGAAGUGGACGUGGAGAGAGGGGUGGUGGUGACAGGGUAUGGGAAUGGCACCUACGCCCACGGAGAUACCGUUUUCGUCAUGAUUUGGUUUACGAAGCCUGUUGCUGUAUUUGCGGACGUCGGACUCUUCCUCACCACCAACCAACGCGGGGCUAGGGCGGACUUCUCUUCCGGGGGUAACGGCACAUACGAUGUCACUUUCGAGUAUAACGUGGUUGAGGGGGACUCUGUGGACGUUCUCGACAUCUACGGCCGAAGCGCCAUCGACCUUGGGGACGGCGGUUACAUCAGGCGUUACUCUACGAACCCCACGCAAGACGCUAACAUUGACUUGGCCGACACCAUUGCUGCCGGAAAAAGCCUGGCCAAAACCUCAGCGAUAGCUCUCGACGGCGCCCCACCCUACCCCGUGAGCGUGUCCUUGGCGCCCGAUACCCCCGACGGUGCCUCCUACGGCCUCGGGGAUGUUCUCCAGCUGGCGGUUACGUUUGACAAGAACGUAACCGUUUUCACCGGCAUUGAUGACAACGGUGAUGUGUCUCUCCCCGUGCUGGUUCUGGAUUGCACGAGGAUGAGAGAGGCGGUCUUCAACGGAGUGGGUAACGGGUCCACGACGCUGAACUUCCAAUACGAGGUUCAAAUGGGUGACUACGCGAAUAAUCUCGGCUACCGAUUCUUCCCCAAUGCUCUUUGCCUGGAGUCGGGGUGCCCGGACCGACCAAGCACUUCCAUCAGAGAGAAGAAGGCCCUUGGAGGAGGCCGGGGCAUAGACGCUACCCUGAUACUGUCGAACUCCCUGGGAAAUCGCGUGUCUGGCGUGCCCGUAGCGACAGAUGUAACCGUUGAUACUUCUGGGUCAAGAGAGACGUACGUCGUCGACCUGUCAACGGACACUGCAAAUGGCACUUACGGCGCGGGGCAGGUGAUUGACAUCACUGUCGAAUUCUCGGACGAGCUUCUGUUGGAAACGUCUGGCCUACGCAGCGGCGCGCUUCCUACCAUCCCUCUCAACAACGGUGGCGAGGCGCAGGUGGUGGCGGGAACUGGAACCAGAGAGUGGCUCUUCUCGUACACGUUUCUUGCCGCCACGACAACAGGGGGUGUCAGCGGUAACGACAGCGAUGUUGCGGUUCUUGACAUCGCCAACGAUUCGUUCCCGUUUCCCGCGAUGAUAAACUGCACGGGAGGGUGCCGGGCGUCGAACUGGAACGGAGCGACGGCGAACCUGUCGCUGGAAGGUUUCAACCUUAGCCACGCGGGCAUCGAGCUAGAGUCGACUCCGCCCGCCGUGGUGGAGCUGUACAGCCCGAAGGAGACUUCACCUUGGGGAGGCGUCUAUACCGUUGGCGAAGAGAUCGAGGUUCGAGUCGUUUUCGACACACCGGUUAUCGUGACCGGCUCUCCAAGGCUGCUGCUUGACACGGGGGCAUACGCGCUGUUUGAUAGUACAUCGGAGGAUGGGACGGAGGUUCAUUUUUUGUACACGGUAGAUUACGGCGAUCACAGCCCCAACGUUACCUGGGCCGGAUCGCUCUCGCUCGGUGCCAACGUCGGGGAGGGAGGGGAGGGUGGGGAGGGUGGUAGCGAGGAUUGGAUACUGCGGCGCUCCACGAACCCUUCGACAUCUGCUGAUGUGUCGCUGCCGGACCCUGCCUACUCUUUAGCGAGGGGAGGAUCCACGAUCUACGUGAACACCACCGGACGACCUCAGAUAACAAAUGUCACAAGCCCGGACGCCGCCGGCACGUAUGCCCCAGGAGAUGUGGUAACGAUCUGGGUCACGUUCGACCAAUUUGUUGCCGUGGUCGGUGAACCCGUGUUCUACCUCAACACGGGAAAGGGGGAGCCGGGAAGGGCACUCUACGUAGAAGGCAGCGGCAACCAGGUGCUACCGUUCUACCCCGGAGAGGAAGGCAGCUUGUCGUUCAACUCCGACAUCGCCCUUGACGGGUCCACCCCUCACAUACGCGAGAUUUACUUCGCGGGAGAAAGCAACGCGACAUAUCAAGGAGGCGACGUCGUGCAGGUUGUCGUGCGGUUCUCCGCGCCAGUUGUUGUCUCCGGCGCCCCCGCUCUCAAGCUAGAGACUGGAGUCGUGGACCGCCAAGCGUUGUGGGUAAACACCACAGAGUUUAACUCUAGCGCUGCGGACAAUGACGCGGUCGCCGAGGAAGUCGAGGGCGACGACUACCUGUUGCUUUUCGAGUACCUUGUCGUGACCGGAGAUUCGGCGGGCGAUUUGGACUAUUGGGCCGACGACGACGACUGGAGGGAUGCCCGCGCGUCCUUCGUUCUCCCCACGAUCAACAAUGACAACGACAACACCACCACCCCGUCGACAGUAAAACGGCUGAGCGCGAACCCAUCACUCGACGCUGACCUGCACCUUAACCCCCCGGGAGGGAUACUGAGCGGAACGGACCGGGCAACAGCCUUUGGUGGGUGGUUUUUCUUCCGAGACCUCUUCGUGCGGACGCGGGGCAAGGGGUACAAGAUGGUGUUCGAGGCCUUUUACUCCGAUUUGUUGGAUGUGGAUGACCUGGAUUCGUUGUCGUCGUCGGCGACUUCCUCUUCGUCAACUUCGGUUGGGAGUACCUCAAGCAGCACCAGCAGCAGCAAUGGUCUGUUCGUGAAAGAGAGGGGGCUCGCGCUCAAGUCAUCGACGUUGUUUGAGGUGGGAUUUGCGGUGGAAUUCGAGGUGAUGAGCGAGGACUCGGAUCGGUCUGACCUGUUCGGUCGGGCGAUCUCAUUGGACGGCAGCUUGUUGUUGGCCGGUGCCCCCAAGAAGCACAGAGAGGUGCCAGAAGUGCAGCUGAUCGUUUCCACCGGCACGGCCUCGGAGACCAAGCCAGAGGUUCAGCUGAUCGCUGUCGAUGUCGUUCACGUCACGGAGAUCCAACAAUUCAUCACCUACGCCGACCCAUACGAAACCGUUGGAGGAUUCUGGAGCUUAUACUACCCAGGGUUGGGAAAGUCGCGGAACAUCCCCGCGGACGCGACGAUCGAGCAGGUGCAGGCGGGACUGAUGGAGGAUUUCCCGACUCUCGGUCGGAUGCUGGUUGUAAGGGAGGAGUAUGCCUUCUGCGCGUGUGACGACGGAUAUAUAUGGACCAUUACCUUCGACGAGGUGGGUGGGGCCAUCUCGACUACUACGCCGAACCAGUCGACAAGACACGCACAAGGCAACAUCUUCAGCUUCGUCCCAGACGCUUCGGAACUCACAGGCACCGGAGCCAACUCCACGGAGGUGGAAGUCCUGCAAGAGUCGCCUGUGGUCGGAGGCACGUUCACGCUUUCCUACACUCCUUGGUCGCCCGGCAACUACAGCGACGGAAACGACACCAACACCAAUAUCAGCGACCCCGGCGUCAGCAACACCACGACAACGGAGGGGAUGCUAACGACGCGCCCGCUACCAUACAACGCCAACUCCUCCCUGUUGGCGACGGUGCUGUGGCAAGACCUGAAUCUGUCCACCUCCAGCGUUUCGGUGGACUGCUGUGACAAUCAAGGGGGACGCAAGUGGAUCAUAGAGUUCGAAUCGGAUCAAGGAGACUGGAAUAUCAGCUCCUUGAUAUGCGACUCCUCUGCGUUAACCGGAAACCGCGCGGGGUGUUGGCAGCUGACCGGUAGUGAUGGCGAAGGUCCGGUGGCCGGCGAGUUCAGGGUCAACUUCAGGGAGAGCGAGUGGACGUCGUGGUUACCGUACGACGUGGAUGCAAGCGAUAUGGAGACGGCUUUGCUGGCCUUGGAAAGCAUAGAAGAUUGCGAAGUGUCCCGAACACCAGCGGGCAGCGCUAGGCAACACGUGUGGGCGGUCACUUUCCUCGAGGUUCGAAAACCGACAGAUUUCGGUUUCGUUUUGGAUGAUAUGGGCAAUAUGCCUGCCAUGGUGGUGGACGCUACACGCAUCAGAGGGACCGACGCAUCCGUCGACGUCCGAUACGUUUUCGGAGGAGAUACAGACUACGCUCCUUGGGAGGGCAAGCAGAUGGGGUCUCACGGGGAAGGUGCCGGGGCUGCAUACGUGUUUUCUAGGUCCCCUGCGGCAGAGGGUUACGUGUGGGGGCAAGAUCAGAAGCUGCUCGGAUCAGACACGGACGGACAAGACGCCUUCGGCCACUCUGUUUCGGUCGAUGAGGACCACGAGCUGCUUGUCGUGGGAGCCCCGUACGCGGAAGACUACGGUGUCACCGAGGUCCAAGGCAUCAGCUGCAGCGCCAUGACGGGAACGUUUACCCUGGGCUUCAGAGGCUUCACGACGGACCCCAUUCCCGCUAAUGCUUCCAUAUUUGAGCUCUACACGGCGAUCAGAGGGCCUUUCGGGACCACGAAGAACCUGCACCCUCUCCCCGAGAUAGACGUGAACGAGAGGUUUCCUACAGAAUGGUCGGCGUCUGCCCCCGCGGGACUGUGCACGGGGAACAACUCUGCCUUGCUGGCGUUCCGCACACCGCGGCACGACUUCUGGGGAGGGAGCGGGGACCUGGAGCUGUUGACUGUGGACAACUCCUUGCUUGACGGUCAAGUCACGGUGGAAGAGGUGGUGAAAGGCACUGCCAACCCGGACGGCCCUUUCUCCCGCGGAGCGCAAAAGGGAGCGGCCUACAUCUACCGUCGAAGUCCCACGAGCGGUCUCUGGUACGAGGAGACAAAACUCUUCUUGGACGACGGCCUAGCGACAGAUCGAUACGGCUGGCAGGUCAUGGCGCUCGGCGACGAUGUGACGAACGACAUCGUGGUAGUUUCGGCCCCGGGCCGCAACGGCGAGCAGGGCUCCGUCUACGUGUAUACGUACACCGAGAGCGAGGAGCGGUGGAGCUUGUUGCAGACGGUCACGAGUGAGCUCUGGUCCCUCGGUCAGGACGAGUUCGGGAGUUCUUUGUCCUCGAGCAGCGAUACCCUUGUGGUGGGCGGGGUGGGGUACAACUCAAGCGCCGGCGCCGCAUACAUCUUUACGGUGUCGCGAUCGGGCGUGUAUCAGGCAGAUCAAAGGAUCGUGCACCCGGAACAGGCAAGGGCCGGCGACCGUUUCGGCGAGAGCGUGAGCCUCUACGGCAACUUUUUGGCGGUGGGGUGUCCCGGGCGAGAAGACACCUGGCUCCACACGGGAAAGGUUGCCACUGAUUGGGAAGGGGAAGACGUGGGCGCCGUGUACUUGUACAGGAGGGAUAGCGCGGAGAACGCCUUCUUGUUCUUUCAGAAACUCGUCCCGUCCAACCUCAAGCCGUUCGAUCGCUUCGGGGCUAGCGUGAGCAUCGACGGGGAUGCGUUGAUUGUGGGGUCGCACCAGGACUUUGAAGAGGGUAACCUGGCCUAUCAGCGGGCCGUUCAGGUGGUAACGGUUCAAUCGGAUCCCGGCGGUGCUGGUGUGGGCAACGUGUACCGCCUGGGCUGGAAGGAAGAGUGCAUCGACGACGCUGACGAUAACUGCGAGGUACGAUGGACGCGUGACAUCGAAACUGACGCCAGUGGGGUCGUCCUCAAGAACAUUCUCGAAGAGGACUUUGAUCUAGGGGUGGGAGUGAGCGAGCUCGUGGUAGCACGCAGCGGCAUGGACGAGAGUACGGGAGGAUACCAGUACACCGUCAUUUUCCUCGAGGAGACUGAAAGCGUGCCGCAGAUGCUGGUGGACGACUCAACAGUUUCAGGACCAAACGCCUACGUGAGCGUAGAAAGCCUGAACGAGGUCCCGGGGAAGCUGCGGGGGGUCACGCACGUCUUCGCGAGACAAGUUUCUGGGGAUGUCGACUCGUCCUUCCGUGAACAGUGCUUCUUAUAUCCUUGGAUAAAGCAGCGGCAAGAUCUUUUCGGAACAACUGUCGCCGUUUCGGGACAGUUUGUCGCCGUUGGGGCUCCCAACCGAGACACCAUCCAUGGAUCCUUCGAGGAUCAGAACCUGACUUCUUUGAACACCGGAGCCGUGGAAGUGUUCAACCUGGACUUCUUGUCCUUCCGGUUCGAAAGCCUCACCUACUCCGUUCUGGAGGGCGAUACGUUAAGCAUGAACAUCUCGAGGUUCUCGGGGUUCUCCAAUCCCCAGGUUUUCAAUCUCAAGUCCAUCGAUCGAAACGCUGACCAGGAGUUUCAGGACUACAUCGCAGCAGUCUACGACCUCAGCGUGGCCUACCCUGACGUGCCGGUUUUCCAAACGGCUGCUGAUGUCGUCGGGGCGGGGACGGCCACAGCGAGAUCGCAGUACUACGGCAGCGCCAACAACCGGUCCUUGUGGGUGGGGGGCAUGUUCGAUUACCGAGGAUUGUCGGACUACACGCCGAUCGAAGAUCAGAUGCAAUUUUCCGCGUACGAAGCGAGCGUCUACUAUCUCCUCAACACCACCGACGACAACGUGGUCGAGACGCCUGAUGAAAGCCUGACCGUGUCUAUCUACGUCCCCGGGAUGUUCCCGAGCUUUCUCGGCGACCUCAUUGCUGUGGUGGAGAUAGAGGACAAUGGUGAUGGCGAAGGGCCUUACAACGCCACCGCCUCUUGGGGAACCGUGGGCGCGGCCGACAGUUUCACGACGUUCAUGGACAGCAAGGUGUAUACCUCGAAGAUAUCCGCGGACGACACCGAGGACAUGAACCGGUUCGGUGGCGCUCUGGACACCGCCGAAGACGCUGGUCUCAUGAUCAUUGGCGACGAAUUCUCCGAGAUUGAUGGGCAUAUAAACUGCGGGUCCGCCUAUGUUUUCCGGUUGGAGUACGGCGCGUGGCAGCAGGAGGCUCAACUACUGCCCUUCGAAGGGAAUAUUGCUCAAGGGGCUCACUUCGGUCAAGCAGUCCAGAUCAACAAGGUGUACGGGCGGGAGACGUACACUGCGCUCGUCGGCGCACCGGGUCAGGCGAAAGUAUACGUGUUCGAAUACAACGUUACCACGGGGGCAUGGGACGAGGCCCAGACUCUGGAAGCGGACAGAAUUAACCUUCCCAACGACGGCUUCGGCGGGAAAAACGCCCUUGCUCUCGACGAGGAUAUUGCCGUCGUCGGCGCACCAGGCGCGGAGUCGGUUUUCCUAUACUACCGAACCAGGGUGGCGGCAGGGGCAAGUGAUGAAGAUGAGGUCAGCUGGACGUGGGGACAGAGCCCGGUAAAGACGCUCAUGUCUUCGGAUUUCGACUACGAUAUGGUCCACUUGCUGAAGAUCGUGCACCGACAGGACUAUGGUGCCGCGGUCACCCUCGACGUGACCUCUCGCACUCUAGCGAUCGGAUCCCCACUGGCCAACUACGACAAGGUCGGCACGGACGAACCAGAAACGUAUGACACCAGGCCGGACAAGGCAGAGACAAGGGCCAGAGGCAAGGUCUACGUUUACUACUCGGAGCCCGCAGUUCAGUCGGUGACGCUUGGAACAGAGUUCGGUCUUUCUGCCGGGACGUUCAUGUUGUCGCUCCAUCACCGAAACACCACUUCAAACACCACAGAGGUGUCGUGGGAUGCCCAAGCUCUCGACUUCAAGAGCGCGGUGGAGGCAUUGUCGAACGUGGAGGAGGUAGAAGUGACGAAAGACCAGUGGACGGACGCCACCGGUUUCGACUUCUACCGUUGGACGGUGAGCUUCACGUCAGAAUUCGUGGAGGACCCUCCCCUCCUCGCCCCGUCCUGGGGAGGCGGAAACGGCUGCCAAGACUGCAUCGAGUUUAGCUCGGGGUUCCCAAGAAAUGGAGGCGCUUACGUUAACGUUAGCAGCGAGGGGACGAUGGGGGAUUGGGAGGAGCAGGCAGUGUUGCAGGCUUCGGACAGGAGGAGCGGCGACCGCUUCGGGGCCACCCUCGCCCUCGACCAGGAAACCCUUGCGGUGGGCGCGCACCACAGCAGCGCGCUCGCGGAGACCACCUGGGAUUUUGAGACGGGAGAUCUGGUGGGAUGGCGGCAAACAGGAGACGCCUUCGCCCUCCAGCCUACCUACGGGGACAACCCUUACUUCCGGGAGAGCAGCCGUGGUACCGGAGGAUGGGGCCGCCCGAGCAAGAGCCACUUGCGGGGGAGGUAUUUCGUGGGAACUUACGAAGCGCGACCCGGUGCCGGUGCGGGGGACUACACUAACCCCAGUCCCGACUAUCGUGCGGGGAGCCACCAGGGGGAUGGACCAACCGGUACUUUGACAAGCGAGGUGUUCACCAUUGGUGGAGACGACGAAAACGAGGUGUCCACCAUAGGCCUUCUCGUCGGAGGGGGUUGCGACGAACGCGCCGAGUACGUGGAGCUCCUGGCGGACGGGGUUGGUGUUGCCAAGGCUACGGGAAUGUGCACCGAAGAUAUGCGAUCGGUCAGCUGGGACGUGUCUUCGUUGGCGGGACGAGCCGGCCAAAUCCGGAUCGUAGACGCUUCGUCGGCAUCACCGUGGGGACAUAUCAAUGUCGACGAGAUCGUUCUAAGCUGGCAAAACCGUGGUGGACUUCACCCGGAGAGGGCUGCGAAUGUCACUUCGGCCGGUGUAGCAUCCUCCAAGGCCCACUAUGUCGCUCGAGAGGAUCACACCUCACGUGCCGGUGCCGUCUACGUGUUCUCCCGCCUCGCCACCUCCACCAAUAACAACGAUACGAGUACUUCCUCAGUCUGCACCGACGAAGAUGACGGCGACGACGGGAUCUACGGAGAUACGAGGAGGCGUUACUACUGCCCAAGGGGGGGGGCACGGGGACAGGAGAACUGUGGGUGGGAGGAGUCGGCCAAGCUCACGGCGAGCGACCGGAGAGGCGGGGACUUGUUCGGGACGUGUUUGUCGGCGAACCACAAUGCAGGGGUUGUGGUUGUUGGGGCACCCGGAGCCUCGCUCACCGGGCUGUGGCGGGAGCCUCCAACGGUGUACACAACGACCAACCCCCACGGAGACGCCGAGAACACCCUGGCGACUCGCGUGCCCCUCCCGAUGGACGAACGAAACGCCAAGCUAUUCCAACUCAAGGGCGCCCCCGGCUCCACCCUGCAGGCUGGCAGCGGGGCUCCGACUGUUUGGCUGCUGCAAGACUCCGAGUACGCGCUUGACACUUCCGACCAGGAGUUCAACAAUCGAGGGAACGCACAGGCGGGGGGAGUGUACGUCUUCGUGCGUCUGCCGGCAGAGUCGGCAGGAGUAGGUCGAAAGUGUGCGCUAGAUCGAGAGGGUGACGUCAUCGCCGGGGUGUGGCCGGGUGCCGAGCGGUUCAAGCUCCAGGCGCACGACGCCGUCGCGGCGGACCGCUUUGGAAGCGCUGUUUCGUACUCGAGGGCGGAGCGUGCCUUAUUUGUCGGAACACCGUACUCUGACUCGUUCGGGCUUGACGCCGGGGCGGUGUACCAGUUCGACGCGGGCAUUGCCGAGGUCUCCUUCACGCAGCCGGAGUUCAGCGUCGAGGAAGGAAACUGGCGGCAUCUUCACGAAGACCCGCAGUACUUGGACGGAUGGAAAGCGACGGUCCUUGUGACCAGGGACAGCGACCAGUCCGACUAUUGGCUAACCGUAGCCUUCGCCACCAGCGACUUGACGGCGAGGGGAGUUGACAGCGACGCUUACCGAGAGUGCUUUGAACUCCCCGUCGGGGACAGGCUACCGGGAGUUUGUGGAGACUACGAGCAGACAGCGGGGGAGGUGACGUUUGAACCCGGACAGACGGAGCAGUCUUUCUUCGUCCGAAUUAUGGACGACCACUGCCGAGAGAGGUAUCCCGAGUACGUACAGCUAUCUCUGAGUAUACCCGGCGGCGGGGCACUGCAGGGGGAGCGGUACCUGUCGAAGCUGAGAAUAGACGACGAUGACCGAGAUAGAAAGGAGUGCCCGUGA